AUGAAUCCAAAAUUCAAUAAUUUUACUGUUGAGGUAGUGUAGCUAGACUAGCACUCAGAUAAAAAAGAUGAGGAGUUUGAAUUUAAUAUGGCAAACGAUCUAGACGAAGAUGAAGGGUUGAAUGACACAAAAAGGAUGCUCGUACAAUUGAAGGACUAAAGACGGAAUACUAAUCGCAAAUUUACACAUGAAAUUUAGGAAAUAAGGAAAAGAGAGAUCAGCAAAGGCAUAAAAGAGCCAAUGACCCCAAAUGUAAAUACAAGAAGGAUAGAUCAGCACAAAGAAGUUAGAUUUAGCAACUUAGAUAACAAAAAAGAUGGUAGUGAACAUAAAGCAAGACAAUCUAUAACAUCCUAGUCUAAGAACAUAAGUCCUAGUCCAUUGAUCCCAAGAAGAGCACCUCAGUCUAAAUAGUCUUAAUCCGUGGUUGAGGCGUACAAGGAGAAGUAUAGAGAAUAUUCUUAUAGAGGCAGUAUAAUUGCGACUAACUCUAUUAGAAAGCCCAGUAAAUUUAUUAUGAAUUAGGAAACAAGGGCCAUGGCGCAGAGAAGACAGGAAUCUCAAAACUAAGAAGGAUUUAUAAAUAAAUUUAGAGAGCAGUUCAGACAGCAGUCCUUCAUGUAGAAUCAUGAGGGAAAUUUAGAGAAGGAUUAAGAAGUAAGACUCUAAUUCUAGAGAACAAUCCUUGGAGAUUAGAUGAAAAGUCAAAAUCAUUAAAGUAGCGAUCACAAAGAAAUUCAUGUGGAAGACAGCUUUACUGAAGAAAGUAAACUGACUGAAGACCCUUCUGGAGAGGAAUCGAAGACAGCUACUUAGUAAUAGGAUUAUAACUAAGCAGAAGGUGAAGAUAUACCUCUUAGAAACAGAAUUACUUUUAACCCUCCCUAAGUUGCUCCUCUAGAUUCACAGAGAUUUAAGAACUUAAAAGUUGAGACUGCUGUAAAUAAGGUUACAAGGCAACCUUCUAAUCCAGGAAUAAGAAAAAGAAAUAGUAAUAUUGGAUUGACUUCACCAAUAAAGCUUGGCAAGUCUUUAUACCACAUUGAGGGCAAAAAUGAAAACAAGUAGGAAGAUGAGAGGAAGGUAACACUUAAGAACACUUCUAUCAUGAUUGAAAAGUUCAAAAUACAGAGAGAUGAGUCAAUCAAAAGGAAGAGGCAGAGGGUAUCACAUGAAAACAAGAAAACUUCGAAUAAUAAGGUAACUAAUGAUGAAAACCUUACCACUGCAAACGAAGAGGAAAAAAUAGGAAGCCAAAGUAGAUAUGUGAAGAGUAAAUUUUCUAAAAGGAUAGAAGAUCCUCAAACAAAUUCUCUGUCAGUAUCUAAGCAGACUCCCAUUUUAAUUUCUCAUCAUACUCCAAGCGCUCAAUUUAUGUUUACAACUAGAAAGACAUUAAACCUGUACACUGAACAUGGCAAAAAAUCUUCAGGGUAUACAGUUAAUGGAGUGAAGCAAUAUGAGUCUAAAUCGAACCCUAGUCUCAUUUAGUUUGGACCUAAUUCCUCUUCACACAUGGUAUCUUCAUUAAAUUAGCCAAACAUAGAAAAACCCAAAGAAGAGCAGUUCAAGGGUGUCUUUACGAUUGAUAGAAAAAGACCCCCUAAUGUAAGAAUUUUCUCAAACAAAGUUGUCACUGAUGAAACCCUCUGUGAGCUUCUGUUAUAUUUGGAGACAGAGAACGUUACUACUAUAUCUAUGCCUAAUUGCAAGCUAUACGAUGCAGGCCUUUCAAUUCUAUUUGAAUUCUUACUUGCAAUCAAAAAUUUGUAGAGAUUAAAGGUUUGCAACAACAUCAUGCAGCUCUUCCCAAAGGAAAUGCCAUUCCUUGAAAGUGCAACUUAUAUUAUGGGCUUAGCCUUGAAGUAGCAGAAAAAUUUGCAAGUGUUUGAGUUGCAUGGAUUCUUCUUCAAAUAGGACGAUUAUGAGACACUAUUUGAAGGUCUUAGUUCCUGCCAUCAACUUAAGCAACUUACCUUUUCGAAUAACGGGCUACAGGAUUAUGGAGUGGAGUACAUAUCAUAACUCAUUGAAGAUCCUAGGAUGAACAUAAAGUAGAUGACUCUAAUGAACAACUAGUUAAUGGAUGAAGGAGCUGAAUUUUUAGCAGAUGCGAUUCAGUCUGAGUACUGCAAACUGGAAAAAUUAGACUUGAAGCUAAACUUUAUUAAAGACAAAGGGGCAGCAUUAUUCGUGGAUGGAAAACUAAGUGACUGA